AUGCGCAAAACAUUACAGGAUCUGCUAUCAGUAGUGAGUGCAGAGACAACGAGAAUUGACAAAGAAGUUGGUGAAGAUCAUCUUCUGGAAGUCCGAAAUGCAAGGACAAAGGAAACCACAGAUGAAUCAGACAAUGAAGGGAGUGGAAAUACGGAUUUUGAUGAGGGAAAAAUGAGAGAAAAAGACGAUAAAACAAGCGAACUUAAGCAGAUACUUCAGUCCAGUUCUGUUGAACGCGAUCCGGUGACGGAUAAGGAAGGCCCAGAAAACGGGCUCGAAAGAGGCGAAGACUUGAUGUUAGCUGAAGCAAUUGAACAGGACUUCAGCAGUAAUGCACUUCCGGAUAAUAAUCAAAAUCCAACGCAAAUGAAACGGAAACUUCAACAAUCAAAUGAAUUUUGCGACGAAAAUGUUAAAAAGCAAAAGGGUCCGAGAACAAGGAGUGACAAACUGGGCGACUUGUUCCGAUACUUGCAUUUAUUCUUGAAAAAAUCAAAUAGUUCUGAUCUGCGCGUGCUGCUUGACAGCACUGAUAAGGGUAAACCACUGGUUGAACGCCUGAAGGAAGCAGUUCGAGCGAUAAAUUACGAGGAACUGCACCAGCCAGAUUUCAGUGAAAAGAAAAAAACAGCACUGAACAAUGAGCUUGAAGAGCAGCAAGUCGAUGACGGAUUGCAGGAAGCGCGCAGCGUCGGUGAUAUGCUCGUGCGCGAAAUCGAUGAUGCAAUUGCGAGCGACAUCCUAGCAGAUGAAAACGCCGCUAAUGCAAAAUUCAAGAAAACUGAUCAGAGGAUUAUUCCAAAUCGACUGCAUGACACGGUACAGCUUUGGGCUGGAAGUGGAAAAGAGGUGAGCACCGGAUCUGCAAGUGGUAGACUCUUUGAGAAGAUUAAGGAGAAACUGGAAAGCAAACUUAUGGCACGCUUAAAUGAGCAGCCCGACCUGAACGGCAACACAAAUAAAUCAACUGAAACAAGCGAAGAAAUAACGUCAAACAUUAGGGAAGAAUUUAUGAAUCGCAACGAAACUUCUCUGUACUACUAUCCAGUGAAUAACGAACGAAAAUCUCGGACGUCGACAGUGUCUGCCGACCAGAGGAAUACGAAGCCAGAAGGCGAGCAGCCACGCAUUAUUCGAAAUGAUACUCAACAAACAUUUAAAAAAUCGGUGAUUAAUCUGAACAACAGAUUCAAAAAUUCAUUCGAGCUGCCUAACGCCAACACGAUUGUGCUGGGGGAAGAAAAGAAUGUGAAGGAAAACAAAAAUAAUAAUAAUGACAUGAUAAUGACGAUUAAUCGAGCGGUCUCAGACGUGGAAAAAAUCCUGGAAGGUGCCGGCAAUGAAAUCAAGCAUUUCUUUUCACACUCACAAAGGAAGCCAUAA